ACCAUACUCUCUCAGCCAUUGUGUGCAAAAUUCCUGACCUUUGCUCCACCUUGCGCUUUCGUGUUGGUCGUCGAGCCGCACAGCUGCCAUCAGUGCUUCUCUCACCGGGGUUGAAGUUGAGCAUCUCCCCCUUCACUGACAUUGAUAAGAGUUGGAUUACAAAGCCUAGAGGGAAUGCAGAAUAUAGGGAUGGUCUAAAUAGAUUCCUUGACUUCGCAUUUGCCAAUGCAUCAUCCGAUGGGAUGAUACAUUGUCCAUGCCCUUUGUGUGGGUUUCGGUGUUACCAAACUAGAGAGGACGCGUACGAUCACCUUCUGAUGAAACCCUUUCCCCCUAACUAUACCUUUUGGUUACAUCACAGCGAGAGGAUCGUAGAUGAGAGAUCCAGCGCUAGGGAAGAACUAGAACCUAAUGUAAAUUUAGGAGAUCAAAUGCGGGACAUGGUCCACGACGCAUUCAACUUCCCGGGAUUACAGAGUGACGACGAAGACUCGAGGAAUGGGCAUGUCGGAGACGUUGCGGAGGGGUUGCCGUACUUAUCUGAUGAACCUAGCUGCGAGGCUUGUGCCUUUCACGACUUGCUUGAGGACGGCGAGCAGGGAUUAUAUCCGGGAUGCUCAAGAUUUUCGAAGCUGUCUUUCUUAGUUAGGCUGUACCAUAUAAAGUGCAUGUGCGGAGUGAGCGACAAGGCUUUCGGAUUGAUUCUAGAGCUACUGGGGGAUGCCUUUGAGCAUGCAAGGAUUUCGAAGACCUUGCACGAUGCCAAGAGGAUCAUAAGGAAGCUCGGCAUUGGGUACAAGAAGAUAGAUGCAUGUCCAAAUGACUGCAUGCUAUACCAGGGUACAGACCAAGACUUGUCUAGAUGCAAACGGUGUGGGGCAUCCAGGUGGAAGCAAAAGACCAGGAAGAAUUCUUUAGUCAGAAUCAACGCCGUUGUCAAGAAGAAUGGAAAACCUCUACCGGUGAAGAUUCUCCGUUACUUUCCUCUGAUUCCACGGUUGCAGCGAUUAUUCAUGUCCAGCAAGACAUCCGUUGACAUGUUGUGGCACAAUAGAGGAACCAACUCUGACGGUUCCUUGAGGCAUCCCAGGGAUGGCGAGGGUUGGAAAGUAUUUGACAGGAGAUAUACUGACUUUUCUGGCGAUCCGCGCAAUGUUCGCUUAGCCCUAGCUAGUGAUGGCUUCAAUUCUUAUGGAAACCUCAGUUCAAAGUACUCAAUAUGGCCAGUGAUUCUUAUUCCGUACAACCUACCCCCAUGGAUUUGCAUGAAACAAACCAACUUUAUUCUCUCUAUGAUUAUUUCUGGUCCUAAAAUGCCUGGCAAUGACAUAGAUGUCUACCUACAGCCCCUGAUCGAUGAGCUGAAGGAGUUGUGGGCUGGUGUUGAUACCUACGACGCCAGUGAGAAGAAAAUGUUCAAGAUGCGAGCUGCACUGAUGUGGACUAUCAGUGAUUUUCCUGGCUUAGGCAAUUUAUCUGGCUGGAAUACUUACGGCGGGAGAGCUUGUCCCACGUGCAAUUUGGAUGCCGAGACUAUGCGACUCACCUUCAGUCAGAAAUGGUGUUAUAUGGGUCAUCGUCGCUUCUUGAAUCGCGAUCACAAAUAUAGACAGGACCGGAGUAGAUUUGAUGGCAAGGUAGAUGAUAGAUCCCCACCUACCAAAUUGACUGGUAGGGAUGUCCUGAGACAAUUGGAGGGUGUUCCUGUCUCACAAGGCAAGGUGCAAGCGGUGGGCGGUAAAAGAAGGCACGGACAGCAGACCGUGGUGCAAGACGAGUCUCCCUGGAAAAAGAGGAGUGUAUUCUUUGAUUUGCCGUACUGGGAGAACAACGAGUUACGUCACAACCUUGAUGUAAUGCACAUAGAGAAGAAUGUAUGCGACAACAUUAUUUUCACCAUGUUGAACGAGAGCGGUAAGUCCAAAGACCACCUAAAAGCUCGAAAAGAUCUCCAGUUGAUGGGCAUCCGGCAGGAUAUGUGGCCAGUUGAAGGUGGAAAGUAUCCCGCUGCAGUCUUCACCAUGCGGAAUCCAGAGAAGGAUGUCUUUCUUAGGACAAUCAAGAAUGUGGUCUUUCCAGAUGGGUACUCUAGCAACAUUUCUCGCUGUGUUGAUUUAAAACAGCGCAAGUUAUUCGGCUUGAAGAGUCAUGACUGCCAUAUUCUAAUGGAACAUCUACUGCCAAUUGCAUCAAAACAUGUGUUGCCCACCCCAGUGUCCGCCGUCUUAGCUGAGUUAUCAGCCUUUUUCCGAAUAAUAUGCAGUAAAUCCAUAGAUCCUCAACAACUACCUCUCCUUCAGGAUCGUGUAGUCCAUACCUUGUGCCACAUGGAGAUGAUAUUUCCACCUUCCUUCUUCACAGUUAUGGUUCAUCUAACGGUGCAUUUGGUCGAGGAGGUCCGUCUCGGUGGCCCAGUGCAUUACCGGUGGAUGUACCCAAUUGAGAGGUAUUGAUCCACUUAAGCUUUCUCGACCUGUUUAUAAAUGGAUAGCUGUCAUCUAGUAAUUCGUACGUUAUGUUCUUAAAGGUACCUAUGUCGUCUCAAGCAGUACGUACGUAACAGG